CCAGCAUGCACUACGGCGCUUCAAUAGUAACCCACGGCGGGUAUUUCCAUGCGACAAUGUGUGUUCAAAAAAUAUAGUUUUUCCGCGCCCUCCGCUUAAAGUUCUUUCCCGUUACUCGGACUUUCAUUUUAAAUACCCACGGUUUUUGUACUUGUUAAAAUAUCCGAAGCGCUAAAUUGGCGAAGAAGCAAUAAUGAAAGUACCGUUCCCGGUCUGUGAAGUCUAGCGCGUGCUGCUGCUGUAGUCUGAUACAUUGCUCCUAUCUGACACCUCUGCUUAGUUCUUCUCGGGCUGUGGCGGGAGUUUGACUUUCUACAUGAGGCUACUGGAGAAACUCGCUAAUUGUCUCAUAACCUUAACGUACCUUCGUGAAUAGCGAACCUGUGAAGAUGGUAAACGCUCGUGCGCUCUUUAUUCUGACCUUCAUCUGCGGUUUGACAGACGCCGCCAAACUCAAUAUACCCAAAGUUUUACUACCUCUUGCCAGAAGCACGAAGAUUAAUUUUACACUGGAAGCAACCGAAGGAUGUUAUCGAUGGUCGUCUAACAGGCCGGAGGUGGCCAGUAUCGAGGCGCUGGAUGUGGACGAGCGGCAGUGCUCUCAUAAGGCGGUUCUUCAGGCUCGCUCCACGCAGCCGUCCAGACUCACCAGCAUCAUACUCGCCGAGGACAUCUUGACCGGGCAGGUGCUGCGCUGUGAUGCAAUAGUGGAUGUGAUCAGCGAGAUCCAGAUCGUGUCCACCACGAGAGAGCUUCACCUGGAGGACUCUCCUCUGGAGCUGAAGAUCCAUGCCCUGGACUCCGAGGGAAACACCUUCAGUACUCUAGCCAGUCUGCUGUUUGAGUGGACGAUCGUGAAGGAUGCUGAGAUGGCCGGCUUCCCCGACUCCUACAACACCCUGCGGGUGCUGAGGUUUGCAGAGUCAGCAUACACUCCUCCUGCAUAUAUCUCAGAGAUGGAGAGAGUGGGACAUCAGGGAGAUAUUAUCCUAGUUUCAGGAAUCAAAACCGGUCAUGCCAAGCUCAAAGCCAAAAUACAAGAAGCAAUCUACAAGGAUGUUGGUGCUGCUGAAGUCAGAUUGCUGAUUCUGGAAAAUAUCCUUCUCAGUCCUGCGUAUGACAUUUAUUUGCUUGCUGGCACCUCCAUCAAAUACAAGGUCCAGAAGAUUCGUCAGGGAAAGAUUACAGAGCUGUCCAUGCCCUGUGAUCAGUAUGAGCUUCACCUUCAGAACAGUGUGGUGGCCCCUGAAGGAAAACCAGACGCUCCAGUGGCAGCCCUGGACCGGAGCAGCUCCACGGUGCUUGGGCUUCAGCACGGACACACCAACAUCGUGCUGGACCACAAGAGUCUUGGGAUGCAGGGCGCCUUGCGACUUCCCAACAGCACCAUCUAUGUCGUGGAGCCUGGAUACUUGGCAUUCAAGAUUCACCCUGAGGAUCGCUGGGUCCUUGAGACAGCGAGGAAAUACGAGAUCUUCAUUGAAGUGUUUGAUAAGUCAGGACACAAGAUUUACCUCUCUGAUAAUAUCCGUAUAGAAGCCACGUUCCCCACAGAGUACUUUGAGGUUCUGGACUCGUCUGUUAAUGGAUCUUACCACCAUGUGAAAGCUUUAAAACGUGGUCAGACCAUCAUUGAUGGCACGUUGAAAGCGGUUGUUGAUCAAACAGGAAGUGUCCACGCUCUCUCUGUUCCUGUGCGUAAUGAGCAGGAUGUGGAGAUCUAUGACCCCAUCGUCCUUACUCCUGCCAUCCUCACGUUCCCAUGGCAGCCUAAAGAGGGAGCGUACCAGUACACCAUCAAGGCGACUGGAGGAAGUGGCAACUUCAGCUGGUCAUCCAAUAACUUGGCAGUUGCCACCGUUACAGUAAGAGGCAUGAUGACCACGGUCAGAGACGUUGGAGUCAGUGUGAUUUAUGCCCAUGACAUGAGAAACCCGCUGCACUAUGGAGACAUGAAGGUGUAUGUGAUCGAGCCGGUGGGGAUGGAGUUCAGCCCGUGUGUGGUGGAGGCCCGCGUGGGCUUGAGUCUGGACCUGCCGCUGCGAAUAUUCGGUCAGCUGGCUGGAGAGAGAGUGACUCUCAGCGACUGCUCUCACUUCGACAUGCAGGUGGACAUGGAGAACCACGGCGUCUUUCAGCUGAUGGAGGGUCGACUUCCCCCAGGUCAGGGCUAUUGCAGUGGGGUUCGAGUUAAGGCCUUGACCUCCACUUACACCAACCUGUUGGUUAGCUACACCCACAGUAACGUUCACCUCAGUGCGAAGAUCACAGUUGCUGCCUACCCCCCUCUUAGGCCGAUUGACCCAGUGUCUGUGGCUGUGGUGACGCUAGGCUCCUCCAAAGACAUGACGUUUGAAGGAGGGCCCCGACCCUGGGUGCUGGAACCCUCCAGGUUCUUCAGAAACCUGACGGCUGAGGACCACAGCAGCGUCGCACUGUCUCUGUAUGGACCCGCCUCGCGAACAUACUCCAGGCAUCUGGUCAGAGCCACGUGCCAAGCUCUGGGAGAACAGGUCUUAGCAGUGACUGUUGGAAACCAGCCCACUGUGACGAACCCCUUCCCUGCUGUGGAGCCAGCUGUGGUGAAGUUUGUGUGUGCACCUCCGUCACGUCUCACUCUGACACCCAUCUACCUGAACCCUCAGCUGGAUGUGUCCUGCCCUCUGCUGCAGCAGAACAAACAAGUGGUGCCAGUUUCCAAUUAUCACAACCCCGAGCUGGAUGUGUCAGCCUUUGACCAGCAGGGCAGGAAGUUUGAUAACUUCAGCUCUUUGAGUAUGAUCUGGGAGUCCUCCAAAGUUUCCCUGGCGAGCAUCGAACCAACCAUGCCCAUGCAGCUACACACACACGAGGAUGACAACAAACAGAAAAAACUCCACGGUCAUCAGAUGGUUCUUGUCCAUCGUGAAUCAGGUGUGGCGGCCAUCACUGUGACCGCAGUCGGCUAUCAAACAUCUCACCUAGAGGCAGCAGCCGUUCUGAGUGGAUUUGAUCCUCUGAGCCCCGUCUUUGCCACUCUUGACCUGCUGUUAGUGGAGGACGUGAGGGUGACCCCUGACACCAUCACCAUAUACAACCAUCCUGAUGUGAUGGCCGAUCUGGUCCUGCAGCAGGGUUCGGGUUAUUUCUACGUCAAUGCGAGUGUCCAAGGAAUUGCAGACGUCAUGUUCCAGGAGUCCCAGGGAAUUGCUCAGGUGGUCCCGGCUCAGGCGGGGGUCCUGCAGGUGAUGGUUCAUGACCUCUGCUUGACCUUCCCUUCUCCUGCUACGGCAACAGUUCACAUCUCUGAUAUUCUGGAGGUUUAUGUGCGAGUGGUCGACAAGGUGGAGAUCGGCAAGUCGGUGAAAGCAUAUGUUCGGGUUUUGGAUGGCAACAAGAAGCCUUUCCUGUCCCGAUAUUUCUCUGUCAUGGACCUGAAGCUGAGGGCAGCGUCCUCCAUUAUAUCCCUUCAAGCUCUGCCUGAUUCGUCAGAGGAAGAUACGGACACAUUUCUGGUCAAAGGUCUGGUGAUCGGACAAACUAGCGUGUCUGCUGUUGUCAUAGACAAGAAUGGCAGAAAAAUCACCUCUGCACCCCAGCAAAUCGAAGUAUUUCCUCCCUUCAGGCUAUUGCCUAGGAAAGUCACUCUAAUAGUCGGAGCAAUGAUGCAGGUAACUAAUCCUUCUUUUCCUACACACCUGAGAGGGAGGCCCCAACCCCAGUCCAACAUCCUCUUCUCUCUGUCCCACGAGAACAUCGCCUCUGUCAGCUCUCUGGGGCACGUCAAGGGUCUGUCUGUGGGCAACAUGAGCGUGACCGGCGUGGUCCAGGCGGUCGACACAGAAACCGGCAAACUGGUGGUGGUGUCGAAGGAUCAAGUGGAUGUGGAAGUGGUCCAGCUGAAGGCCAUCAGGAUCCGGGCUCCCAUCACCAGAAUGAAGACGGGGACGCUGAUGCCGGUGUAUGUGAUGGGCCUGACCAGCAGCCAGACACCCUUCUCCUUCGGGAACGCUCUUCCUGGACUGACCUUCCACUGGUCUGUGACCAAGAGAGACAUUCUGGACAUUCACACCCGCCACGCAGAGGCGUCUGUCCAGCUCAGCGCCGAACACAACUUUGCCAUGAGUGUGUUUGGCCGGAGUAAAGGCCGCACAGGACUGAGAGUGGUGGUGAAGAGCGGUGAUCUUCUGGCUGGACAUCUGCAGGAUGGUGCCCUCGAGCUCCAUGAUGAGAUACAGAUACAGGUUUAUGAGAAACUGCAGCUGUUGAACCCAGAAGUUCAAGCUGAGGAGAUACUGAUGUCCCCAAACUCCCUGCUCAAACUCCAGACCAACAGAGAUGGCCUGGGCUCCCUGUCCUAUCGUGUACUGGACUGUCCCGACAGAGCGGCUCUCGUUCAGGUGGAUGAUAAAGGUCACCUGACGUCUGGGUCUCUGACAGGAACAGCUUCGCUACAGAUCAGCUCACAGGAAACCUUCGGUGUCAAUCAAACCAUCAUUGUCGCCGUGAAGGUGGUGACCGUCUCGUACCUGCGUCUGAGCACUAGUCCAGUAGUGCACACGUCAAACAGAGAAAGCGUGUCUGCCAUCCCGCUGGGAGCUGUGCUCACCUUCACCGUUCACUUUCACGACAGCACCGGAGAAACCUUACACAGCCACAACUCUCUGCUCAGCUUCUCGACCAACAGGGAUGAUCUGGUGCAGGUCGGUAAGGGUUCGAGUAACGGCUCGCUGACGGUGCGGACGGUGAACGUGGGUCUGACUCUGCUGGGGGUCUGGGACUCAGAGCAGACCGGACUCGCAGAUUUCCUCGCUCUGCCGGUCCAGCAUGCCAUUUAUCCAGCUGAAGCACAGCGGCUGGUCGUGGGAGAUGUUGUCUGCUUUUCUGCACAGUUUGUUAAUCAGGAGGGUGUGUCAGGUGUGUGGAGCUCUUCUUCCAGUGCUCUGCUGGAGAUCGAUCCCAGGACUGGAGCUGCAGUAGCCAGAGACAAGGGCUCAGUCACCGUGUACUAUGAGAUACCCGGUCAACUACGCACCUACAGAGAGGUUCUCAUUGAAGGUGCAUCUCAGACAUCUGUCAUGAUUCCUGCAGUGAAGAAGGACAGAGACUCCAAAGUCUUGAUGUCGACCAGGGCCACGGGAAGCAACCUCAUAGGCAGCUGCUCGUCAUCUCAGUCCGACAGCAUGGCUCUGCUCCACCCAGAGUCCUCCAUCAGCUGCCAGCUCCACUUCACCAGCAGCGGCGUGGACUUCUCUGCUCAUGAUGUUUACCACACUCACACAGCCUUCGACGCCAGCACAGGUUUCUACAGCUGCUCGCUGAGCUUCAAGCCCAUGAGUGACCAGCAAGUGAAGGUGUUGAGCCUGUCUAUGACGGAGGUGGAGGUGAAGGCCGGCGUUCAGGGAUCUGUCUUCAGCGGAGAGCAGAUCAGCGCCCGGCUCCCCGUCAGUCCAGGGAUCUACGCCGAUCAGACAGACAUCAUCUUGAGCAAUCAGCAGCCGUCGGCAGAGCUGACCAUCUACGGGCCGACAGCCGUGCUCCAGCAGCUAGACGUGAAGAGCAGUUCUCCAGUGAUUGUGAUUGAGGAGAAGGAGGUCUCUCUCAGCUACGUCAGGUAUGCAGUCAGUGUGCUGAGGCCGCUGGGGUCUCUGACGGCGUCGGUGUCCGUGAGCAGCGCCUCCAGUGCUCAGGUUCUGCACGUCCCGGUGACUGUCAUGCAUCUCGCAGCCAGCAGCUCUUCUGUGCAAGCACAUGUAGUAGACGGAGCAGACGGGCCCAGUAUUCUUCAGCAGUUCAUUGACUCCUAUCAAGUGAUGUUCUUCACUUUGUUCUCUCUUUUGGCUGCCACCGCUGUUAUCAUAAUUGUGUGCCAUGCGCUGUUUUCCCCGAAAGAUCCUGUCAGUCAUCCUGCGUUCAUCCAGAAGACUCCGCCUCCUGCAGGUGUAGCCAAGCUGACUGAAAGCCCCUUCAGCAACAGCAUGUCUUCAGACUUGAAGGCAAGCCCAAGAUUACGCUUGUACUCACCAGACUACAACUCCAGAUAAACCCUGUCCAGCAGAAGACUGGAGAAAGUGCCUUAGCGCUGAAUGCAGGAGAACGAGCAUGCCGGAAAACACUUGUAUUGCUUACCUGCUUAAAACGAUGGCUUUUUCAUUUGAAUGCUUGUGUGCUGAAAUGCCGCAUGUCUAAUAGAAUAUGGCAGGGCUGUUUGUUGUUUUGUCUUUUUUUGUUUGAUUAUUUAAACGUUUGACGUGUGGACUGAUUUAUUCUAAUUAUUUUCAGUAUUUUCCCCCAUCCCAAUAGUUUUCGCAGCUCGAGGCUUUUUAAUUUGUACUGAAUUGCGACGGUAAACAUAAUGUUUUUUUUCUUUUUCUGACGCUCAGGACAAUUUUGAAAUGUAAUGCGAGACUGCGGCUCGACGAUGUAGCAUCAUGUUUGUUUGUGAUUAGUGCAACCACUGAUUCCGUCCAAAGUGCUCUUACAUGUGUGUGUGUUGUGCAGAAACUAUCGGCCAGUCGUUUGCUUUAUUUUGUGAACAAUGUCAAUUGAUUUUAAUGAUAUGUUGAACUCUUGAGUUGAGUGCAGCUUCUUUCAGUUACUAAUGUGAAUGAUAAAUCUGUUUAAGGGCUUAAUUCAGUUAAAUUGAUUUAAAGGGCUUCUUAAAGGACUGACUGGUACCCUGUGAAGCAGCUUCAGUCCCAGCGUAGAUACGUUACACUGACGCAUCUGUAACUGUGAGUGUUGAUUUAAGAAUAUGUGACCAUUUUUUUCACAGAAAAAAAAAAAAACCUCAGCUUUGAGCCUCUUUAAGUGGAAACCGAGUGAAGACUUUUUCGGUAGCUAUAAGCAAGAGCCAUAAUGUGACUCAGAACUGCUGCACUGAAUAAAACCAGGAAUUGUGAAUCUGUCAUAACUUUGACUUUAAUCUGUACAUGUAACCACUUCUGAGCCUUUCUCUCUCUAUAUAUAUAAUGUGCUCUUCUGUUCAUUAUAUCCCCCUCAAAAAAAUAAUAGCUUGCGCAUUGUGAAGCAUUUAUUUACGUUGUUUUUCUUUUUUUGCAGCUUGAGAUCUAUUAAUAUUAAAUAUGCUCUUUUUA